UCCAUUUGAUUUUAGUCCCCGGCAUUCCCGUCGCCUCCAUUGUGAAUCCUCCAUUAUCCCCCUCCCUCCAGCGACCGAAUGUGCGUGGCUUCGGACGAAGUACGGCUUCUUUUGCGCAUCCUACGCGUUUUCCUCGAAGGAAAAUGGCUACCAGCUGUCACUCACCCGUACAUUUCAUCUUUUAAAAAGCAUUACAGUCCUCUAAAAUAAUUCUACAAUUCACUAAUUUCGGUUGUCUCGGUAAUGUGAUACAGUGGAAAUCGUGAAGUUAGUGAGUGUUCGGCCAGCGUUAUCGAAAAAUCAGGGAUUUAUGAAGCGGUGCCAUGAUAUCCCACUUCGGUAUCACUGUUUACAGUUUCUGGGCCCUGUGAGGCAAUUGUGCACGCAAUAAUCGUAAUUAAAUUCGGUGAUCACGUGGUUUUUUUGGGGAAUUAACAGUGUUAAUUUGAUAGUAAUUCAUUUUUGGGGAAUUUCUCGGAGUUGAGGGAAACGACUGGACAGCUGGACCUACUAGUGAAUUGUGAGAUCUCAGAAAAGAAUAUUCGUCAUGGGCUCCAGUCAACAAUUUUCACUCAGGUGGAAUAAUUAUCUCAAGCACAUUACAUGUGCUUUUGAUACACUACGCAGCGAUGAGGAUCUCGUUGAUGUCACACUCAGCUGCGAGGGCAAACGCAUCAGGGCGCAUAAGAUGCUGCUGUCGGCGUGCAGCACGUAUUUUCGUGAUUUAUUUAAAGAGAACCCAUGCCAGCACCCAGUGAUAAUUUUUAGGAACGUCAAGUUCGAUGACUUGGCCGCUUUAGUGGAUUUUAUGUAUCAGGGGGAGGUUAACGUAGUUCAAGAACAGCUGUCCAGUUUUUUGACAACUGCAGAGUUGUUAGCUGUUCAGGGAUUGACCGAUGGGACUGGAAAGGAUUCAGAAAGCAUUGCUGAGGAGGAUGUUGAAAUUCCCAACGAGCCCGAGGUUCAGCUUCAGAAUGCAUCUGGCAAGCCCAUGGUCAACAACAAAGGCAACAAAUCACCCUCCUCCCCCCUGCCAUACCACGCAGUGGAUGUAAAUCCAGACACACCGCCCACAAAACGACGAAAAUUUCGUGACACAACGUCAAACGCUGAAAAAUUAUCAGCAAGCAGUUCGAGUGCCGCAAAAGACAUUGAUGACAAAACAACAGACCACGGAAAUACCCCAGGAGCCGAUCCCAUCGAAAUUAUUCCCCUAAUGCCAAACUUGAAGUUGGAAAUGCCAGAGUACUUGGAGCAGGAUGGAAGCAGUUGCAGUUACGAGGAGCAGAGCACAGGGGAUGGAUCGAACAAAUUAGAGGACACAUUUUCAAAUGCUGAUGAUGAUCGUAAGCCUGAUAUUAGCCAAACAUUUUACACUAAUCAAUCAGGGCCUGAUGCAUCAGAUCCGAAGUCAUCGACUGAUUUGGGUCACUUACUCUCAAAGCCAAGUACAUCCGGCGAGAGAUUAGCCCAAGAUUCAGCGCAGGAUUCACGUACAGUGGUGGUCGAGCAACCGUCGCAUUCUUGCAAACUCUGUGGUAAAUCAUUUUGGAAUCGAGACUCAAUGUAUAAACACAUGAAUAUGCAUAAAGGGACAACCCAGUGUCCAGUAUGCCACAAAGUACUGAGCCGUACAACUCACAUGAAACGUCAUUUAAAGAAUCGACACGGAUGGUUGGGAUUUGGUACAACAGAUAAUAUACGUAAUUCAUCGCAAUUACCUGUCGCUGCAACAGCUAUAACUCAACAGAAUACAAAUACAGCCUGUCCGGAUAGCAAUGCAACAUUUACAACGAUAAGAAUUAGGGAGAGCAGCGUUGAGAGAAUAACGUCAAGUCCCAUUCCUUAAUGCCAAUAAUCGCAGGAAAAACAAAAUUAUGCAAUCACUCGUAAUUGCCAGUUAACUAUUGUCAACAUUAUUGAGCAUUGAUGAGAGUUCAAUGGACAUUUUAAUUCCGAUAAAAUGUUGGUAGAUUAUUAUCGUCUCACACUAGUCACUUAUACACAUUACCAAUGAUAAUUGUGUAUAUGUAUGUAUGUAUUAAGUGUACAUUAUUAUUACACCAGAUGAUUAUUGACGAUUUUUAUCGGUUGGUAACGCGUGUGAAUAAUUAUAAUAUAUCAGCAUAAAAUAUUUUAUAACCAAAGAAUCAACCAAGAAUUUAUGGGCUAUCGAAAUUUGACUAUUAUUGAUUAAAUUCAUCUAGUCAUACUUUCGGUUUAUUUCGAGUACUUAAGGUAAUGUCAGGAGGAAUGUGCAUUUUUUAUUUUAUUUCAUUGACGAGGAGAGGGGGCUAUUCAGAUAUUACGGUCGUCUACUGGGUUUUCUUCAAUUUUAGUCAAGUGGAAAAAGGAUUAAUAGACUUGAAAUAGAACAUCAACCCAAUUUCCAGAACACCACUAGAUUUUUCUGUUAAAAUUCAUCGUCACCCGCUUCAGAUUCCUUUCUCCCUAUCGUGUGACGUAAUAUUUGAAUGGCUCCGUGAAUUUUCAUAAUUUAAUUGCCAUAUUUUCAUUGCUAGUCAAUGGUUUAUUUUGGGUUAACUGCCAGUAGUGUAGGCCAUUAGUCAUUUCAUUUAAUUAUAUUUUUUAUUCAUCGAUUAUAGACAUGUGGAGAGAUCGUGGACACGGUCUAUAGGACAUUUAUGUAGGGUGAUUGUGUAUGAAACUCCAGGUGACAAUUAACCUGGUGAUUUUGGAUAAAAAAUGCAAAUUUCUAUACAGAAUCAUGUGAUGGCCAUCGCUUUUUAUAGCUCAAACAAAAUAGAGUCCCAGAGAAAAUUUUUUUACAUAAAAAAAUUAUUUCCCUCAGAUUGUUAAAUGAAAUAAAAUCUAUGUAAACGUCCUAUGGAAAAACUGUACGAUUGAACCCCACGUGUAAUUAUCAUCGAAGCCAAAUGAUCCUUCAUCUCGUCAAUAUAAUUUCUAUGUAAUUAAUCGUUAAGAGUUGAGAAAUGAACCCACCAAAUUUUCUAAUUACAAAAUCAAACAUAUAUACUCGAACUAUAGGUGUAAGUCUAGAUUUGCCAAAAAGAAAAUUGGAUAAUAUAGGAGUUUAUUUCCUAAUGAGUACGUUAUAAAAAUCUUAUAAGCAGAAUUGUGAAGUUCGUAAGGAUGUCCGAUUGACCCCUGAAAUUGUAAAAUCAAGCGCGAAAAAAUUGUUAAUCUUGUGAAAACAUAAUCAAAUAUUGACAAAUCCUUUAUGGGAUAAUUGCAGUGAGACAACGCCUAUAAGAUUUUUCCCUGCGUCGAGAAUAAAUUGUGUAAUAAUUUAUUUCACAUGGAGAUUGAUUUCCCUUUUCUUUCAAUCGAGUGGGUGCACUCCAUCAUUCAGAGAUUUAUCGAAAUUCUGCUGAUUGUUCUUUAUUUAUUUGUUUUGAUGAUUAUUUGACCAUCAGUUGUGUAUUUUGAAUCACUAGUGUGUACGUUUAUGUCAAUGAAUUAAUUAAAUAUCGACGUUCUAUUGGAUUUAAAGUUAAAAUUAACGUCGACCUCAGCCAGGCCUUCAAAUAAAUAGAAAAAAUUUUAACAAGAAAAAAGAAAUGAUAGUCUAUCUAUAAUAAAUAUAUAUGUGUACGAUAAUAUAUAUAUAUAUAUAUUAUAGCCUGAAUUAUUGCCAAACACGGAUGGUUUCGUUCUGUCACACCACAAAGUGCAAAUAUUAUUUUAUUCGCCAAAGAAAUUUAUGUGGAUAAUAAACAAAAUGAUAUUGCGCAUUCCGGGAGUCACUGGUACAUUGUUAUCAAUGAUAAUAUCGGUUUGCCAGUUCAAUUUGCUUGUCUCAUGGAGGAAGAUAACGGAGAGAUGAACCCUAAUAUAUCGUAAAUAACGUAAUCCCAUGUUUGACUUAUAGCAGAAAAAAUAUAUGUAAGUAAACAUGUGUGUGAAUAAAGUUUUGAAAAUUAUGAACAAAAAAA